GCCGUCGCUUUGGUUCCACGGCGCCGGGACCGAGCCCGCGGCCAUGGCGGCGCCGGGGCCCCGCGGGCCCAGCUGCAGGCUGGAGUUCACCGUGCAGAUGAGCUGCGAGAGCUGCGCCGAGGCCGUGCGGGAGGCGCUGCGGGGAGCCCCAGGCGUGCAGCUGCUGGAGGUGCGGCUGGAGGCGCAGACGGUGCUGGUGGAGGCCGAGCUGGCGGCCGAGCGUGUGCGGGAGCUGCUGGAAGCCUCGGGGCGCCGCGCGGUGCUGAAAGGCAUGGGGGGCGCUGAGGACGCCAGCCUGGGCGCGGCGGUGGCCGCUCUGUCCGGCCCCGGCGGGGUGCGGGGCCUGGUGCGGUUCCUGCAGGUGUCCCCGCAGCGGUGCCUGGUGGACGGGGCCAUCGACGGGCUGCAGCCGGGCCCCCACGGGCUGCACGUGCACGAGUUUGGGGACUUGUCCCGCUCCUGCGACAGCUGUGGGGACCAUUUCAACCCUGACGGGGAGUGCCACGGGGGACCCGAGGACGAGCACCGGCACGUUGGGGACCUGGGGAACAUCUGGGCGGACGCCGAUGGCCGGGCAGCCUUCCGCAUGGAGGACUCGCGCCUGAAGGUCUGGGACAUCAUCGGGCGCUCGGUGGUGGUGGAUGCAGGCGAGGACGACCUGGGCCGCGGCUCCCACCCGCUGUCACGGGUGACAGGGAACUCGGGGCCGAGGCUGGCCUGCGGCGUGGUGGCGCGGGCGGCCGGGCUCUUCCAGAACCCCAAGCGCGUCUGCAGCUGCGACGGCCUCACGCUGUGGGACGAGCGGGACCGAGCCGCCCCCGGACCCCCCCCGGCCCCCACCCCGCACCUGUAGGGGCAGUGAGGAAUCGGGGGUUUAUGUGAGAAACCGGAGCGUGGGUUUGUGUAAAAAUAUAUAAUUAUACCAUCUGAGGAGAAACCGAGUGCGAAUUUAUAGGAUAAAGUGUAAUUAUGGGAUCUGAGGGGAAACCAGAGCGCAAAUUUAUAUGAUAUAGUUGUAUGGUCUGAGGGAAAAAUGGAGCGCAAAUUUAUCUAAAAAAUAUAAUUAUAUGAUCUGAGGGAAAAACAGUGCAAAUUUGUAUAAAAAAUAUAAUUACACAGUAUGAGUGGAAACCAAGUGUGAAUUUAUAGAAUAAAGCAUAAAUAUACGAUCUGGGGGGAAAUUGAGUGUAAAUUUAUAUGAUAAAGUAUAAAUAUAUGAUCUGAGGAGAAACCACAACACAAAUUUGUAUAGAAAAAUGUAAGAUCUGAGGGGAAACCGAGUGUGAAUUUACAUGAUAAAGUGUAGUUGUACGAUCUGAGGGGAAACUGAGUGAAAAUUUAUAUAAUACAGUAUAAUUUUGCAAUCUGAGGAGAAUCCGGAGUGCAAAUUUAUAUAAAAAAAUACAAGUAUACAAUCUGAGCAGAAACCAGAGUGCAAACUUCUGCGAUAAAGUGUAAUUGUAGGAUCUGAGGGGAAACUGGAGUGCAAAUUUAUAUUAAAAAUUAUAAUUAUAGGAUCUGGGAAGAAACUGGAGUGCAAAUUUAUAUAAUAAAGUGUAAUUGUACGAUCUGAGGGGAAACGAGAGUGUACAUUUAUAUGAAAAAAUACACAUAUAUGAUCUGAGGAGGAACUGGAGUGCAUAUUUUUAUAAAGAAAUACAAAUAUACGAUCUGGGGAGGAACCAGAGUGCAUAUUUUUCUAAUAAAGUACCAUUAUAUAAUC